UCUCGCACUUUGAAUUUAUAUAUUUAUCAAAAUGGAGGCUAAGUUUGCUUUGGUGAUAGUGUUAGUGUGCAUGGCGGUGCAGGUUGCGUACUAUGCACCUCAGGCAGAGGCAGCUAUAACAUGCAAUCAGCUGCAGAGUGGGCUGGCACCGUGUCUAGGGUUUCUGCAGGGGCGUGCGCUGGUCCCACAGUGCUGUGCCGGAGUCCGGUCGAUGGCCAACGCCGCCAGAUCGCCACUGGACCGGCGCACCGCCUGCCAGUGCUUGCAGUCGGCAGCUAAAACAUUCAAGGGCAUCAAUUUCGGAAAUGUUGCUGCACUUCCGGCCAAAUGCGGCGUCAGACUUCCCUUCAAGAUUAGUCCAACCACCGACUGCUCUAGGGUUGGUUGAGUGGAGUUUGGAGUUGGGUUCUUAACAUGCAUGCAUGCAACUUACGUUGAUUGAAUAAGAUGGGUAGAGAUAUAUAUAUGCAUGUAGUGAUCAUCUAUAUCUCUAGUUUCUCGUUUUUAGCCUUUGAUGAUUUUGAUCAUAUUGCCUCAACUUUUGUAACACAAAUUAUAUAUAAUUUGUCCUAUUUAAUUUUCUGAGGUAAUUAUAUUAUAUUGUGGUUCCUGUAA